AUUCUGACUUGGCUCUACAAUCUUGCUCUAUUGGCACGCACUGAGUCCCAACUGCCAAACUCUCUUUGUAAAGUCAAAAAUUGAGAAUCUGAUUCAGCUGUCUCUCACCGGAGUUGAAUUACGAGUUCAUACAGAUACUACAAUAGAGUAGAAUAGGGUUUUUGGAAAAGAAAGAAAGAAAGAAAGAAAGAGAGAAUGGAAAUCAACAAGAACAAGUACAGUAUAAUUGUCCCUACCUUCAACGAACGCCUCAACAUUACUCUCCUCGUAUACCUCGUCUUCAAGCAUCUCCGGGAUGUGGAUUUUGAAAUAAUUGUUGUGGAUGAUGGGAGUCCUGAUGGGACUCAAGAAGUUGUAAAACAGUUACAGCAGGUGUAUGGUGAAGACCGUAUUCUUUUGAGAGCUAGACCUAGGAAGCUUGGGUUAGGAACGGCUUACGUUCAUGGCCUGAAGCAUGCAUCAGGAAAUUUUGUUGUGAUCAUGGAUGCUGAUCUAUCUCACCAUCCAAAGUACUUGCCAAGCUUCAUCAGGAAACAGUUGGAGACUGGUGCAAGUAUAGUUACCGGAACCCGCUAUGUUAAAGGUGGUGGUGUACAUGGAUGGAAUCUUAUGCGCAAGCUAACAAGUAGGGGAGCCAAUGUUCUCGCUCAAACACUUCUAUGGCCUGGUGUAUCAGAUUUGACAGGAUCUUUCCGGCUUUAUAGGAAAUCAGUUCUUGAAGAUGUCAUUAGUUCCUGUGUAAGUAAGGGAUAUGUCUUUCAAAUGGAAAUGAUUGUUCGAGCUUCUAGAAAACGCUACCAUAUUGAAGAGGUUCCAAUUACAUUUGUUGAUCGAGUAUAUGGAAGCUCGAAGCUUGGAGGAUCUGAAAUUGUUGAAUAUCUUAAUGGCCUUGCUUAUCUGUUAGUCACAACAUAAAGUUAAGCAGAAAUGAGAAGUCAGUGAUAAUCUCUUUCCAUUUUGUGCACAAGUCGUGUAAGGUUUUUUGAUACAGACAGUUGAGAUUCUCAAUUUAGUCUAACAACCAACAUUCUCACAUUGGCUCUUUUGUUUAUGAAUUUUGAUAGGCUUUAAUGAUACAGACAAUUAAAAUAUCUUAUUUGAGUCUAAGAACAAAUAUUCUCACA